CUACGGCCGCCGCCAGCAUCAAGCUCCUUGCUCCCCGACCAAACCCUACCUGUACCCGCCGCCGCCGCCGCAGCAGCCAUGCCGCCCAAAUUGGACCCCUCUCAGGUGGUGGAGGUCUUCGUCCGCGUGACGGGAGGCGAGGUCGGCGCGGCGUCGUCGCUGGCCCCCAAGAUCGGCCCGCUCGGUCUCUCCCCGAAGAAGAUCGGUGAGGACAUCGCCAAGGAGACCGCCAAGGACUGGAAGGGCCUCCGCGUCACCGUCAAGCUCACCGUGCAGAACCGGCAGGCCAAGGUCUCCGUCGUCCCCUCCGCCGCGGCGCUCGUCAUCAAGGCGCUCAAGGAACCCGAGAGGGACAGGAAGAAGGUCAAGAACAUCAAGCACAGCGGCAACAUCAGCCUCGACGACGUCAUCGAGAUCGCCAAGACCAUGCGGAACAGGUCCAUGGCCAAGGAGUUGGCCGGGACCGUCAAGGAGAUCCUGGGGACCUGCGUCAGCGUCGGGUGCACCGUCGAUGGGAAGGACCCCAAGGACUUGCAGCAGGAGAUCGAUGAUGGUGAGGUCGAGAUCCCCUCAGCUUAAAGGCUAUACAACUAGAAAUCAUCGGACACUAUUAAAGUGGUGUUUUGCUCCAAAUGCAGUUCCUGCACCUCAAUCGCCUAUUAUUGUCUGCUUUAGUUCCUUCAAGUCUUGUGAGAGACCUAAUCAGUACCUUGUGCCUUAUAAAAUUACAUCUUCCGAUU